UCUUUGUACUAAGCAAACUAGCGACGAGCGUUAAUGCACAAUAUGGAUGGUGGUGGCAAAAAUAAGAAAAAAAGGGUGGCACGGAGAACUUAGGUUAGGGAGAAAAAAAUCAAAGAAACAGGAGAGCAAAGCAUUUAAAUGUCUUAAGUUUACAAAUAUUUUCACAAGCAGCAGUCUGGCUGCAACGGCCAUGUCGGGUAACAGCAGCCUAGCCCCCGGCAAUGGUGAGAGGGGUAGCGGGAGCCGCUCUGACGUGCAGCCGGUGCAAGGAGAGAGAAAAGAAGAGGGAGGGUGUAAUGAUAAGCUGGUGGAAGUUCCCCAUACAAGCGCAGGGCAAGUAAAAAGGGAUGAAGAGAGUCACUUGCUCGGUAUACCGGAAAUUGUUAUCCACCAGCGUGCAGAAACAUGCAACGUGCCGAGGCUGCCCGCUCUGCCCUUUUGUUGUCACACUCCAAGGCCCAGGUGGACAUAGUGCAGCUUGACGUGGGUUCUGUGCAGUCGGUGUUUGCUGCUGCUCAAGAACUCAAGGCUAGGUACGAAAGAAUUGACUUUUUGUAUCUGAAUGCCGGAAUAAUGCCCAAUCCGCAAGUGGAUAUAAAAGCUUUUUUCAAGGGUUUGUUCUCAAGAAACGCCAUCAACAUGUUUGCAACAGCAGAGGGUCUUUUAACACAGCAGGACCAGAUUAACACUGAUGGUCUGCAGGAAGUUUUCGCCACAAACCUGUUUGGUCAUUUUCUUCUGGUCAGAGAGCUGGAGCCUCUGUUGUGUCAGGCGGGUCACACAUCACGUGUCGUGUGGACCUCUUCAAGCAACGCCCGGCGCACUGCCUUCAGUAUCGAGGAUAUCCAGCACAAAAAUGGGACGGAACCAUACAGCUCCUCCAAGUAUGCCUCUGACAUGCUCAGUGUGGCCCUCAACAGACAUAAGAACUGCCAGGGGCUUUUCUCCUCUGUGAUAUGUCCGGGCCUGGUCAUGACCAACCUCACUUUUGGUAUACUUCCCUCCUUUUUCUGGACUUUCAUCAUGCCAAUCAUGUGGCUGAUCAGAAUCUUCACAAACACGUUUACACUCACACCAUAUAAUGGAGCAGAGUCACUGCAUUGGCUGUUUCUUCAAACACCAGAGUCUCUGGACCCCAGGGCAAAAUAUCACAGCUUAACAUCAGGACUUGGGGCAAACUACACACAACCACGGCAAAUGGACAUUGAUGAUAAUAUGUGUGAGGCGCUUUAUGAAAAACUUCUUCAACUGGAGACACACAUCAGAGGAGGAGCUGCAGACCUAAAUAAACCUUAGAGUAAUGCCUUUUACAUCAUGGAAAUGUUUACCAAACAAUCAACAGUAAGAAUUUCGCAGGAUAUAAUUGCAGAAUUACACUCAGUCUCUAGCCUCCUCGAGUGACAGAUAUCAAACUGCAAAUAACAGAUACAGUAAAAAGCCAAUCAAUCCAUAAUUUUACUAUGGUGUAAUGAACUUUGCUGUUGUAUAAUUCAGUGGUUUGAUUGUCUAAGAUGACAGUUCAUUAGGGAAAAACAAAAACUCAAACUUAACAUGAAUAAAGUCAUAUUACCCCCAACACAUCAUAAAGUUGUGAUACAAAAAGAUUUUUUUUUUUUUUAAAAACCAAAGUAAAUAAUAUUUUUUACAUGACAAUAUAUUAAUACAUAUUACGUGACAAACGUUUCCUAUUAAUGGUAACAAUAUAUGCAAGAAGCUUGAGAAUCAUUGUUGUUUUUAUUUUAUGGCAUUUAGUAUUACUAUUCAACAAAACAUCUUCCUACCAGUGCCUUGUUCAACAUUAUACAGGCAUGAAAAUCUCUCACCUUUCGGCGAAAUUCGCCGUUUUGAAGUAAAAAAGGAUGACCUACGUGAAUCGUGUAGAUCC